CUCAUUAACACCAUGCGGCAAUCAAUUGCUUUCCUGGCUUAUAUCGCUAGCGCUUUAGGUGCUCGGCCGUUCCUCAACGAGCCAGACACUGGUCUUCUCGAUGCGAUUGGCUAUGACUUCCCAGUCGGCCAGCUGCCGGACCUCGAAGAUAUGAUCGGACUACCUGACUUCGAGUGGGCGGCAAGAAAUUAUUUGCCAAUUGUCAACUACACCUACUAUCGCAAUGGUGCAGCUGGCGAAUGGUCCUAUAGGAAUAACCUUGAGGUGUACCAACGAUAUAGAUUCAAGCCUAGAAUGAUGAUCGACAUCACAGGUAUCAAAGAUACAUUCAAGACCACUAUCUUGGGCUACAACUUCUCGUCUCCUUUCUACAUCAGCCCGUGUGCAAAGGCCGCUUUAGGGCACCCUUUGGCCGAAAGAAACCUGGUCAAGGGUGCGGGAACACGCGACGUACUAUACAUUCCUUCGCGGUACUCAAGUCUCAAAAUGGAAACUAUUGCCAAGAAUGCCCAAGAGAACCAAACCAUGUUCGCACAGCUCAAACUAAGCAAUAACGACACGGCCAACCAAGACCUGUUCACUCGCGCCGAGACAUCAGGAUACAAAGCCAUCAUCUGGACAGUCGAUGCACCGGGCGGUUCUAGCCGCCAGCGAGCUCAGCGAUUCGACGUUGGUGCCGACGAAGACUUUGUACGCCAAACCUGGAGCGACCUCGAGAAGUACCGCAAGAUGACCAAACUACCUAUUGGUAUCAAAGGCAUCCUGACGGCUGCUGACGCGCGGUUGGCGGCAGACAAUGGUGUACCUCUCAUCGUCCUCUCCAACCACGGAGGUCGCAACCUCGAUGGCUCACCUUCGCCGCUUGAAGCCGCACUCGAGAUUUAUGAGAAAGACCCUUCGCUCUUCCAGGAGAUUGAGAUUCUCGCCGAUGGCGGUGUUCGCUACGGCACGGAUGUGCUCAAGCUGCUGUCUCUCGGUGUGAAGGCUGUUGGUAUUGGGCGUCCCUUCAUGUUCUCAAAUGUUUAUGGCCAAGAGGGUGUUGAGAAGGUUAUUGACAUCAUGAACAGGGAGGUUGCUGGUGAUGGCGCGAACAUUGGUAUUGCUGAUCUCAAGCAGAUCACACCUGACUAUGUCAAUUGGAGUCCCAACUUCUGGUAUUCUUAG